CUUCUAGAUCUCAGAAUCCUUCUCCCGCGAAUCAGAAAAUGGCACCCAAAUCAUCAGAUUCGCAGAGUAAUCUCCUCAAUCAGUCGGACCCAACAACAAACGGCUCGAUCGAUCCAGUAUUCCACCUCGUCAGAAUCCUCCCUUACUCUGUCCUCCGCGCGCCGCGCCUCCGCCUCAAGCUGCCGUCCCUCAGCCUUCCAUCUCCGAUGACGGUCUUCUCCCUCGUCCUCCUGACCUACUUCAUGGUCGUCUCCGGCAUCGUCUACGACGUCAUCGUCGAGCCGCCGGGAAUCGGAUCGACCCAGGAUCCCGUCACCGGCACCGUGCGGCCGAUCGUCUUCAUGUCCGGCCGAGUCAACGGGCAGUACAUCAUCGAAGGGUUGUCGUCCGGUUUCAUGUUCGUCCUCGGUGGGAUCGGGAUCGUUCUCUUGGAUCUUGCGCUGGACAAGAAUCGGGCGAAGAGCGUCAAGGUUUCGUAUGCUUCUGCUGGGGUUUCCUCCAUUGUGUUCUCCUAUGUUAUGAGUAUGCUCUUCAUCCGCAUUAAGAUCCCAGCUUAUCUGAGGUGAAUAUUGUCAUAAUCCAGUUUUUCUGUAGGGUGGUAGAUUGAAAGUAGAGGGCUUUUCGUCGUUGUUCUCCAUAAACCAUAUGAGCUGGUUGUUUGUGUUUGUUGUGUGGCAAUUGGAUCAUUUUGGAAUGCUAGAAAUGAAUCAGAAUGCUCUGCAAUUUCAGGGUGGUAUAUUGAAUUAAAGGGUUUUGGGGGCUUUCGCCAUUAGGAAUUGGAAAUGUGCCGCGGUUGAUUGUGUAUGUUGUGCAAUUGGAAUGCUGGAAUGAAUCAGAAUGCCUGCAUUUCCCUAAUUUCGAUUGUCUGUUGGCUGUGGUCGAAUCAGUAAAGCAUAUAGCUUUACAGGAUACUAAUGGCAUUGCAAGGUCCCAGAAAGACCAGAACUUGCUCUGCAAGAGCUCCAGCUAGCUGUUUCAAAACAGUACAGAAGUUCUGUUUUAAAAAAACUGACCUUCCAGUUCCAAUUAAGCCAAUCAAAUGCAAUGCUUCUCCAACCCUAAACCUCAGCCGGAAUCGAUGACGAUCUUGCUGAGAAGGUUGCUCUAAGCUCUCUUUAAUGUUUAGGGUAGCGGAAGGGAUUGAUGAUCCACCAAUGCAAUGAUGGGAGAAUGGAUGAUUGGGGAAGAGCAGAAGGGCCUUCACCAGGUAAUUGGAACGAAUUGCUCUACGACUAGGCGAACUUCCCUCAAGUCUCGAAUUAAAGAAAGCCCUCGGUUGAGUUGUGCUUAAGAUUUGAUUAGCAAAAAGCACUGGCAGCUGCCUCCUCCAUGGCUCUCCAUCCUCCGUUCACAGUCACGCGAAGCAUUGGAGUGUUGACACAAGCUCGAACCAAGUUACAGACAGAUUUUGGGAACCCCCAUAGCCAACAUAACCUUAAACAGAAGAUCCCAAUGUGUUCAUUAACUCCAUUUUCAGUGCCCAUGGAGGAGAAAUACAAGACUACUGAGUGUCAUGAACCAGUUGAUCCCAAUAACUCGAGUUGUUGGGAGAGGUUCAAUCGUGGAUCAUAUACCACAACACUAACACGCCACCACGAAAGCCACUCACAAAGGCUUGAAGUUUGCACAUGUCUGAAGACAAGAAUAUCAUGUGCUUAACAAAUGAGGGUCAUCGGGAAUCGAACACAAGACCUCUCGGUCACAGAAGGCUCUGAUACUAUGUCAUGAAUCAAUUGAUCCCAAUAACUCGAGUUGUUGGGAGAGGUUCAAUCGUGGAUCAUAUACCACAACACUAACACUGAGUACUGACAAUACCUAGCGGCUUUGCUUCUCCAUUUUGGGCUCAGUUACGUUAAGCCCAAAUGAGAUACACAAUAGCAGCACCGAAGACUUGGCCCUAUUGAAGCCCACAAUGAUUGAAUGGGCAUGUAUCAACUUUGAGCCAGUCUCCUAAGAGCCAAUUAUUUGUUUGCUAAUUGGCAUCCAUGUGAAGAAGAAGAAGAAGAAGAAGAAGAAGAAGAAGAAUUUUGGUUAUAUAAUAACCCAACAGCAAAAGAACAAGAGGGGUGGUGGGAUGGGAAUGAGGGAGGAGAUUUAGUGGCCCCAACAAUAAGAGAUCAAAGCCCACCUUUUUGCCUUGGAAUGUGAAGAAAUCUCCACCAUAGUUGUUGGGAAAGAUCUUUUGAAAGAGAGAAAUUUUGAUAAGGAAAUAUAUUAGGGAGAUCAUGUUUAACAAACUUGGAUCACAUUUGCAACACAAAUUAAGUGUCACAUAUUCAAUUUUUGGGCGAUCGGUUUUUUCGAGUUAUUUGAGGGUCCAUAAAAGACGAUUUUUCAACUUUAGACCCGUACGAAAAUCUCGAAUAAUCAACGCCCUUCACCUUGGCCAAGAUCCCAAGACUGUUUUGCAUAAGGGUCUUCCUUUCGAAUCUAAACUCAAAGUUGAUUGUGACAUAAGUAAACUUUUGAAAUUCUU